AUGGACCAAUAUCCGGAUUCAAUGGAUACGGAGACGUAUCUGCGACAGCUUUUCCCUCGUCUGGAAUGGUCGGAGCGCCACCUGCGAAUGUCAGCCUCGAGCGCGGUCAUGAUUGUGACGACGACGAUUUGGACCGUUAUGCGCAUCAUCUCUCGACGCAUUGGCAAAUUCAGAUUCUACUCCGAGGACUACAUCUAUUUCCUGGGCCAGCUGUUCUUCUACGGCGCCGCUGGCUGUGCCGUUGCCGGUAAGCCAUGAACUCGAACCAUCACGCAGGGGUGAAGACAUUAGAAAGGCGAUGAUAUGCAAGACUUGGCCAAUCGCUCCUAUGAACAUAUUUUUGAUUGUUUUCUCUCUUUCAGUUGUUGCCGUCGGCCCGCCCACAGGCCCAAGCAUGAUCAGCGUCAAGUACCGGAUCAUGCUUCCACUGCGACUUUGCUACGCCGCCACCCUGCUCUGCGUCAAAACGAGCAUCCUCCUCCUCGUCAAACGGAUCUUCGCGCAGGGCUCGCGCUUCGUCGGCAAGCUCUGCUGGUUCGCACUCGCCCUUUCAGUUUGCUGGGCCAUCUACGCCGGCCUCAUCGAGUUCCUGUGGUGCUUGCCGGUCCGCAGCGCCUGGGACUCGACCGUCAAGGCCCCGGAGAAGCAUUGCAUCGACAAGAAGGUCGCAUACGGCCUCAUUCCAAUCAUCGAUAUUCCCAUUGAGAUCCUCAUCCUGCUUAUCCCGCUGCAGUCGAUCUUGAAGCUCCAGGUCAAAACGCCGCACAAGAUUGCACUUCUCUGCAUGUUCUGUGCCGGAAUCGUGUAAGUGACGAGAGAUAUCAGAGGGAAAACAAGGUGAGAAGCUAACGGGCUGCAGAACAAUUGUUUUAUCCAGUAUCUACCUCUACUACAUCAUGACCGACUUCCACAAAUCGUACUUUGUUUGCAUCGUCCACGCUGGGGGUAGCCCAGAUGGUCGCCUCCAGCACUGCCCUGCAGCCGCUGUUCAACAAGACCGCGGUGCGGUUUUUCAGCAUGGUAACGGGACAUAG